AUGCCUGCGAAUCAAACUUAUUUCGUCCUUACCUUCUCCUCCCUCCCUCCAUGCUCCAGUGUUUUUUUUACCUCUCCAUCCUUCCUGCUUUCGCUCGCUUCACAACCUUCCAAUCCUCGCUCUCCUUGCUGUGUAUCCCCUUCCUCUGUUUCUGCACCCUUGCCUUGCAACUUCCCUCCGCCCCAUAAUUGCAUACAACACACAUGCAUCCCCCAUUGUCCCCUCCCCAUCAUCCCAAACUGUGUAUGUGCACGCCACAUCCCACCUGCCUGCACGCCUCCCCACCGCACUGCACCGCUCUGUGAGAGCAGUAGUCUGUGGAGCAACUCGCUCACGGGGGAACUGCCUUCCACUAUCACUGCACUGACGGCUCUCAGUGACAUUGUUCUCGAAUUCAACCAACUCGCUGGGUCACUGCCGCAAGGCCUCUCCACGCUCUCUCGCCUCUCCAGGCUUUCUCUGGGCAAUAACCGUUUCGCCAGCUCUCUCCCAGACUGGAUCGGCGGCCUGUCCCUCCUGGAAACGCUGGACGUCAGCAGGAAUAACUUAUCCGGCCCCGUCCCAUCCUCCAUCGGCAAUCUCCUCAACCUCACCUUCCUGGGACUUGAGUACAACGCCUUCACAGCUGCUCUUCCCGCCUCCCUCGGUUCCCUCACCACCCUCGCAUACCUUAACGUAGACAACACGUCGCUCACCUGUCCCACCACCCCAGCCUCCUGUGAGGUGCCUCAGGACCCUCUUUCUGUCUUCUGUGUCAACUGCGCCACCUUCUGCUCUCAGUGCUCUGCUGCUG